AUGAUUUUCUUAAACAAAUUAAAUUCAUCCUUUAAACAAGGAAUGUUUUUCUUUCUGAUUUUUUCUUUGAUUUGCAUUGAAUAUUCAACUGGAAAUGAUGGAGUUGGAAGUUCUAGAGGUUCAAGGCGAAUUAAGGGUAGAAACAAAAACGUUCAAGAAGCUACUCAUGGACCGUUUGACGGACUUUCUCCAAAUGUUCAAAAACAAUACGAAAUGAGAAUAUAUACGAGAUUAUAUGAUGGUGGUUCUGUACGUAUUCUUCAAGAGUGGGAAAAUAAUGAAAGAGAUACUGUCUUUAACAUUGAAGACCUCCUAAAUGAAUUAAAUAUCGCGUCUGUGCAAUGUAAAAUUUUUAAUAAAUAA